CAAAACGCAUACUUUUAAAGGCGACUGGGAUUUGAAAACCGUAGUGGCGACAAAUAUAUUCACACACAAAAAAUUCACAGAGCUACGUAAAAUGGAGCCGUUUCACGACGAUACCUUUAAAAUGUACAUUUACGAGAAUAGGUUGCAGACAUUUGAGGGGUGGCCAUUCGACAAAGACUGCGCCUGCACGCCGGAAAACAUGGCAAAGGCUGGCUUCAUACAUACGCCUUCGGAUCCCAGCCCAGAUGUCGCCAUGUGUUUCUUUUGCCUUAAAGAGUUGGAAGGCUGGGAGCCCGAUGAUGACCCAGAGAAGGAGCACAAAUCCCAUUCACCUUCAUGUCACUUCAUUGCCCUGAAGAAGAACGUGGAAGAUCUGACCGUGGAAGAGAUUUUAAAGCUGCAAUUGGAGAAGCAAACUUUUGAAGUUAAAAAAUCCUGUAACCAGGCCAUGCAAAGGUUUAAGGAGACAGCCAGUAAGAAAAGAGCAGAAAUAAUCAAGUCAGUACGGAGUGAAGAUUAGCAAAUGGAGUACACUGGUGUGUCAUUUCUGUAUCUAUUUUGACUUUUGUGUCACUUUGUGUGUCUUCAUUCAACCUGUUUUUUUUGCCUCACCUCUGUUUAUGCUGAC